AUGCGCCGAACCGUGGUCCUCAGGGUCCAUGGAUGGGGAACGGCGGCCAGCGAUUUAACCUGGAAACGGCUCCCAAGGGCCACUCCUGCGAACUCUCGAGCGCCCUUUCCUAGCUGCUCUCACACUACGAAACGACACAAAUCCGACUUCAAUCUUCCCCUAACACGAUCAUCCUCUUUCAGAACGAAGCCCCUCCAAUCCGUCACCGGCCAGCUCCUGAAAUCGCAAACAGGCCUCUCGUCGCCAUGGAAGCCGGCAAUUGCCCAACUACGGCCCUUUUAUAGCACACCACCCUUGCGAGAAGCUCCGCGAGACAACGAUAGACAAGAUCGAAGAGACAAAGAGAAGGCUAGACGGGAUGAGGAGGAAGAAGAUCGUCUUGAUGAGCAAGAUGGCUUCGAGAGGACUGAGAAGGCAUCUCGAGCAGCGCAAGUCAACCUAAGCGCGCGUCUUCAGAGCACCGGCAAGAAGCAAGGAAACUCUGCAGGUUUCGGCGAGAUAUGGAGAUUGAUCAAGAUCGCAAGGCCGGAAGCCAAAUGGUUAGCCGCGGCGUUCGCGUUCCUACUGAUCUCCUCCUCCAUUAGCAUGUCAAUACCUUUCUCGAUUGGGAAAAUCUUAGAUCUUGCAACAAAGGAUCCGGCGGAAGGCAACACCCUGUUUGGAUUAGACAUCAAUCAGUUUUACGUCGCUCUCGCAGCAGUGCUGACCUUGGGUGCGGCAGCCAACUAUGGACGCAUCAUUAUCUUGCGAAUUGUUGGAGAACGGAUCGUGGCAAGACUUCGUUCACAGUUAUACAGACGCACCUACGUACAGAAUGCAGAGUUCUUCGAUGCGAACCGAGUCGGGGAUUUGAUCUCACGUCUGAGCUCGGAUACUGUUAUAGUGGGUAAAAGUAUCACCCAGAAUCUGUCCGACGGUUUAAGAGCCCUUGUCAGUGGUGGAGCUGGCUUUGCUGCAAUGGCUUGGGUGAGCCUGAAGCUCACGAGCACUCUAUGCUUGAUGUUUCCACCUAUCGCUAUUGGUGCAUUUUUCUACGGAAGAAUGAUUCGGAACCUCAGUCGGAAAAUCCAACGGAACCUUGGAACUCUUACCAAGAUUGCUGAAGAGAGAUUGGGAAACGUACGAACCUCUCAAGCAUUUGCCGGUGAAAUUCAGGAAGUUGCACGUUAUAACCAUCAAGUCAAGAAGAUUUUUGCGCUGGGAAAGCGGGAAGCAAUCAUCAGCGCAACUUUCUUCAGUUCUUCGGGCUUCCUAGGCAAUAUGACAAUCUUGGCUCUACUCUACUCUGGGGGAUCGAUGGUCAAAAACGGCGUUAUCAGUAUUGGGGAUCUUACAUCUUUCCUGAUGUACACCGCCUACGCAGGGUCGAGUCUGUUUGGGCUCUCCAGCUUUUAUUCGGAGCUCAUGAAGGGAGUAGGAGCUGCAAGUCGUCUCUUCGAGCUACAGGAUCGAAAGCCCACGAUCCCAGCCACUAUUGGAACCAAAGUGAAAUCUGCUCAAGGACCAAUCAAAUUCUCGAAUGUCUCGUUCGCCUAUCCCACACGGCCUGCCGUCACUAUUUUCGAUGGUCUGGACUUUGAGAUACCAUCGGGCACCAAUGUUGCCAUUGUUGGCCCUAGCGGUGGAGGAAAGUCUACAAUUGGAUCACUUCUCUUAAAGUUUUACAAACCAACAAAGGGAACUAUUACCAUCAACGGUGUGGAUAUCUCAACCAUGAAUAGCAAAUCCCUCCGUCGCCGAAUCGGUAUGGUAGGCCAAGAACCAGUUCUCAUGUCCGGCACCAUCGCCGAGAAUAUUGCAUAUGGCAAACCUCACGCUUCGCGAGCAGAGAUCAUAGCCGCCGCACGAAAAGCCAAUUGCCAGUUUAUUAGCGACUUCCCAGAGGGUCUCGAUACACCUGUAGGUGCACGUGGUGCUCAAUUAUCUGGCGGUCAGAAACAACGAAUUGCCAUCGCUAGAGCACUGCUCAAGAACCCAGAUAUCUUGAUUCUUGACGAAGCAACAUCUGCAUUAGAUGCUGAAUCCGAGACUCUAGUGAACUCUGCUCUCGCGGCAUUGCUCAGGGGUCACAACACAACCAUCUCAAUUGCCCAUCGCCUUUCGACGAUCAAAAGAUCAGAUCAAAUCAUCGUUUUAGGAAAUGAUGGCAAGGUUGCUGAAACAGGAACUUACAACCAAUUAUCAAGUGAUCCCAACUCGGCCUUCUCCAAAUUAAUGGAAUGGCAGAUGAGCGGUGGGGACGCCGCAGACCAGAAGAGUAUACAUCCUGAAGGCCGUGUGACCGAGAAGGAAGUAAUUGCGGAGGAAUUAGAAGAGAUGAGUGAGGAGCAAGGUUCUAGAGCCGAGCUUGAAGAUGAGAGUAGUGGUGAGGAAACAGAGAAGGAAGAGAAGAAAGCUGAAGUGGCAUCGGAACAUUCUGGAAAGCAGACUAAGUAG